UGCGGAAGCGUCCAGGGGAAGCACGUGGGUGGAAUUGGCGCCAUGGAGAGCCAACAGAAGAAGUACGAUUCUGGGGAUCUUCCUUCGUUGCGCCGAAUCGUGUGUGAACAGGGACUGCUUUCCCGUCCCGAUGGCUCCGUUUCCUGGAUGCAGGGUGACACUUCAGUCCUGGCUGGUGUGUACGGACCUUCAGAAGUCAAGGUCAGCAAAGAGAUCUAUGACAAAGCCACCUUGGAAGUCAUGCUGAGGCCGAAAGUGGGCUUACCUGGUGUCUACGAAAGAAGCAGAGAGCAGAUGAUCAAGAAGACAUGUGAAGCAGUAGUUUUGGGUACGCUACAUCCCCGAUCUUCUAUUACGAUUGUGCUUCAGGUCAUUACAGAUGCCGGUUCACUUCUUGCGAGUUGCUUGAAUGCUGCUUGCAUUGGACUAAUGGAUGCAGGGCUGCCCAUGAGUUCCUUGUUCUGCGGAGUGACCUGCGCCUUGGACGCCGAUGGCAACCUCACCCUGGAUCCCACGGCGAAGCAAGAAAAGGAAGCUCAGGCAGUCCUGACGUUUGCUAUUGACAGCAUUGAGAAGAAAGUCCUGAUGUCCAGCACGAAGGGGACAUGUUCGGUGGAACAGCUCCAGCAAUGUGUUGCUGCUUCGCAGCGAGCUGCGGAUACCAUUUUCCAGUUCUACCGUGAUUCCGCUUGCAGGAAGUACUCCAAGUGGUGACUUUGCCCCAAAGUGGAAAGGAGUGGCAUUAAACUCUCAAGAAAAGAAGAAGUUGCCCUAGAUGGGGUUUCAUCCUUCACUCCAAAAGACAAGGAAAUACAGUUGGACUGUUGUGAAUGCAGAGACUGAAGAUAGUGCUGCGGAAAGCUGGAAAAGCUGGACAUUUAACCUACCCCUCACAUCUUUAGGGUCAAGCACUCUACGACCCCACACGACUCAUUGUCUUUCUCUGAACAUAUGCAUUUUUUCUUAUCCUAUUAUACUUUUUAUUCCAGGAAAAAGUCAUUAUUAUUAUUAUUAUUGCUGCACAGAUUCUCGCAGGAACUAUCUCAUCUCUGGCCUUGCUGAAAGUUCAGGUAUUCCUUUGUGAUCGCUUUUUGCCUGAAAUAAUGAUUUUGAAGUAAUCUAAAGAAUACUGAUUUCCUUCUCUUUUAUUCCCCUCCUCUCUUUUGAAGCACAAAAGUGUUUUUCAGCUGCUGUGAUAAAAGAAGAGAAAGGGACUCAACAGAAUGAAAGGAAAGGCAUUAGUAUUGUCGAGAAUUACUCACAAAGCUGUUGAGCUUUCAUUGUUCCCUGCGACUAGUGUCGUAGCGGGGAGGCUAGUCAGAGAAGGCCAUCUAGUAUUAGCAAGCUAAUAAAGGACUGGGUUCCACUUUUCAA